AUGUCUUCUGCGUGGCGCUCCUGCGCCCUCCAUAGCAACAACGACAGGAGCAUAGCUAGUGAUUGUAGCAUGUGUUCUGGGGAUAACAGGAGGGAGGCACAAGUCCCUCGUCUGAAUCCUCAAACCCUACGUCUCGAGGAACUCUUCCAGGCAGUUACGAGUGCUUCUCUUACUGUCCCCCCGCAAACCCAACUGCGCAUCAACCAGAACGCGCCUGAGCAGACCCAGCAGCAAAAGUCGCAAACGCAACCUCGGCGAGUGCAAAACAUGUCUAUUGAAGGCGUGAUGCAGGACAGCCCCGCAAGUGAUUUGCUGAGGGCUCCUUUAGAUAGGGUAGAAUGCCUUGAGCGGGUCGUUGAGGACAGAAUCAGCAGCUGCAACAAGAGCAAAAAAAUCGAGCAGCAGCAGUUACUGCAGCGCCCGUUUCCGCAGUGCUUCCCUCACCAGGAACAAGUGCAGCAAAGGCAACAGCCCCCACUGCAGUUGCAGCAGAGGCCCCCUGAACUCGACUUGGCAUCUCAUGUAGGCUUUUCCGGCCAGCAAAAGCAGCAGCAGAAAGAACAGCAGAGUGAGCAGCAGCUGCCGGCCGCGCCCUUGCCAAUGCAGCAGCAGCAGACUUUAGAUGCGCAUACCCGUGCCCAGCUGCAGCUGCAGUUGCAGCUACAGCUCCAGCAGCAGCAGCAGCCGGUUGAGGAAGACCGUGAGCACAAGCAGCAGAAGCAAGACAGUCAGCUGCUGGUUUCAAAUCUGCCCUCUUUGCCACCUGUGCCCUUAACGGGGACCAUCCUAGCAGAUCGGCGGAUCAUAUUUUACCGCACACAGAUGUGUCCCCACGCGGCUCGGGGUCAGUGCAAGCUGGGUAGCAGCUGCCGCUUCGCACAUAAGAGGGAAGAGCUCAGGCCCCCUCCUAGACUUGAUAAGACAAGGAUUUGCGCAUUUAUCAAGGCUGGUCUGCGAUGCGCAAGAGGCCCUGCCUGCUCGUUUGCGCACAGCCGCGACGAGUUGCGCUUCACUGCUGCAUUCUUUAAGACGAACAUUUGUCGUAGCUGGAUGUCUGGCCGCUGCCUCCACUCGGAUACGUGCAAUCAUGCACAUGGGAUUCAGGAGCUGCUAUUUUUUAGGACCCUGGCGGUGCAAACAGGAGCCAGAGACUUUGUCAAAGAGAAAGGAAGGAACGAAGCGGAUGCUGCGGCUGCCGCAGAUAGUGCUGCAGCAGCAGCGGCGGCUACGCAUAGAGGGGUCGACAAACAUCAACACCACCAGAAACACCAACAGCAGCAGCAACUGCAGCAAGAGCAGCAGAGAGAACCAGCACAAGGGGCAGAGGCAAACUGGAAUAAUGGCAAUGAAGUUAGCGCAGCAACGGCGUUGCUGCAGGGAGAAACUGGCUACAUGCAAAAGAACGGCAAAGCGCUUACGCAGCACCAAAAGCAGCAACAGCAGCCGCAACAGAAGCAGCCACAGUCGCAGCAGCUGCAGCCCUACCAUACUUUGGAGAAUCUACCAAAAAAGCUACUAGAAGCCUUACAGCAAAGCCUGCAGCAGCACCAGCUGCCAGCAGAUCCCCUCACCAAGUCAUUUGUGCAGUUGGUUUCAUCUGAGCCGAAUCAGUGGCAUGCUGCAGCUGUGCCAGCAACAGCAGCUGCUGCUGUAGCUGCACGUGCCACUGCAACGACGCCCGCUUGUAAAGGCAUGGAGACGAAACGCCUCAAGCGAGGUCGAGGAAAGACAAAGAAGGGAACACUCAGGCAACGAAAGGAACAGCAGGGAGUUCCAAGGCUGCCACUUUCUCCAGUGUCUAUGCAGCGUGACAGGCAUCCGAAGACACAGCAGAGACAAGAGCAGCUUGAGCAACAGGGACAGCAAGGGAGCGAGCAAACUAACCCAGUAGCUGCUGCUCUGAUGCGGAUGUUGCGGGCCUCAGAUGAGACACUAGUUGGCCCCAGUGAUGGCGAAGCGAUAAUGGCUGCCACCAAGCAGCAGCAGCAGCAGCAGCUGCUGCUGCUCUUCGCACAGCAACAUAAGAUAAGCGAGGACUUGCUCUCCCAAGUGUCGCUUUACGGAGAACCGAGAUGCGGCUUCAAAGCAGGGAAAGAGUCCCACAAGGUACCUUCGCAGGUGCUCCCAAAGUAUGCCUUCAACGAGCCAGCCAAGGGCUCACCUAGGGCUGUGGUGCGCCCUGUGGGAGAAGGCAGAUACUGGGACCUAGAAAGCACUGACAGCACGGAGACUGUCAGCAGUACGACACACACGCCGGGAGAGACUAGCAGGGUUAGCAGUAAAGAACAGCUUGUAGUAGAUAGCCGGGAAGAUUGGAGCGAUCUCAACCCGUCGCAGCCACAGCUGCAGCAACUGCAGCACCGCAAGUGCUCGGGCGUGUUGUCUCCGUUCGACUACGCUGAUAUAUUAACAAAUGUGAAGGAGCUAAAGCAGCUGAGGAGCGGCUCAGCAGCAGCUUUUGAUCGCGAAGGAGGACGCCUCAGCUCUUUACCUUGCUUUUCCCGUCGUGAAGAUGAUAGUUUCAAAGAUAUGAUGUAA